AAUCUCUUGUGGGCAGGCGCACCUGUGUGGUUCUUGGACUUUUUCUGGGUGAGAGGGGGAGGGGAUAGAGUCAAAGGGCAGGAGCGCCCCGGCCUCCCUGCUCUGGUAGUUGAGACUCUCUGUUCCCAAACUCCCGGGGAAAGCGAUGACGGGGCGGACCAGACCGGUUCUAGUUCAGUGAAGCUCCGAGUGGGAAAGAUUGCGCGCAUGAGCAACAAGAGGGGGGGGCUGGUCCAGGCUUUUUACCCGGAGGGGGAUGUUCCCUUCCAAACACACCCGGGGAGAAGCAGACUACCUGAGCCGGGUCAGGGGGCGGGGGUGGGGGGGUGCCCGUGCUCACGUGCUAGGGAAGGAGCCCCGAUCUCGGGCACUGAAGUAAUGCCAGCCCGCUCUCCCCGCCCCUAUCUGAUGCUCGGUCCCACCUCCAGCGCCCCCGCCAUUUCCCGGCAACCCCUCCCCCCAGCAGUCUCCCCCAAUUCUGCCUGUGUCGCUUCGGAAUGGAAGGAAGCCAAAGAUGACGUCAGGGGGCGGGGCUUCUUCCCGGCUAGUUCUCGGCCCUUUUCCAGCCUGAGGCUCCGGGUUCCACCUGAGGCCAGGGAAAGCCUGGGAGCCCCCCUGAACCCUCCCCCCUCUCUCCCCCCAGGCGCACACAGAGGACGUCUCCCCCCUCGGAGCUGCCACCCCCUGAAGCACCCCAAGGUGGCCCCGCAGAGAGCCCGCAGCCAGAGGAAUGGACCCCGGGACCCCGAGGCCCCCCUCCCAGGGCUUCCAGUUCCUAGAGAAAAUUUUAUCUUUUGUUUUCUGCAAAGGAAAUCACCAUGCCUGCUAGAGCAAAAAAGCCCUAGGAGCUUCUGUCCAGAGGCAGAGAAUAAGUUUGAAGUGAAGGAGAUGUCUACAAACCUGAGCGUUUUGGUGGAAGGAUCUGACCCACAAAGAUGCAUGAAUGAGAGUCUCUCUGACUUUAUUUUGAGAGAAAUCUGUGACUGUAAUAUCAAGGGAAAUAAAAAUUCAAAAAGUAACGGUGAAUUUGAUGAAACUGCAAAGAAAUUUGGCCAGUAUUCAAUCCUAAAUCAGUAUAUGAAAUUCAGCUCAGGAAAUGACCUUUGUCAGGAUAGUGAGUAUAGCAAAUGCUUUCCUGCAGAACUAGAACUUAUUCAGUCGGCUCCAAAACCUCCUGAACUGUCCUUGUGUCAAGGUAACUUAGGGGGAAUGACCUUUCGUUGGAGUUUAGACCUCAUUAGACAUCCAAAUAUUAAAUGUGUAGAGGUGGUUUCUGUGAGUAAUAAAGGAGGGAGACCUUGCAGUCAGAACUCUGAGCUUGCUGAACAUCAAAUAAUCCACUAUGGAGAGAAACCUUAUGAAUGUAAACAUUGUAGGAAGGCUUUUGCAAAGAGGGACCAUCUUGAUGCACAUCAGAAAAUCCACACAGGAGAGAAACCUUAUGAAUGUAAACAGUGUGGAAAGGCUUUCACUCAGAGGGACGGUCUUACUGUACAUCAGAGAAUCCAUACUGGAGAGAAACCUUAUGAAUGUAUACAGUGUGGAAAGAAUUUUACACAGAGGGGAAAUCUUGCUGCACAUCAAAGAAUCCAUACUGGAGAAAAACCUUAUGAAUGCAAACAGUGUGGAAAGGCUUUCACAGAGAGGGGCCAUCUUGCUAAACAUCAAAUAGUCCACACAGGCGAGAAGGCUUAUGAAUGUAAACAAUGUGGAAAAGCUUUCACAGUGAGGGGCUCUCUUGCUGCACAUCAGAGAAUCCAUACUGGAGAAAAACCUUAUGAAUGCAAACAGUGUGGAAAGGCUUUCACAGAGAGAGGCCAUCUUGCUGUACAUCAGAGAAUCCACACUGGAGAGAAACCUUAUGAAUGUAAACACUGUGGAAAGGCAUUCACACUGAGGGGCUCCCUUGCCAGACAUCAGAGAAUCCACACAGGAGAGAAACCUUAUGAAUGUAAGCAAUGCGGAAAGGCUUUCUCACAGAGGGGUUCUCUUGCUGCUCAUCAGAGAAUCCACACUGGAGAGAAACCUCAUGAAUGCAAUCAAUGUGGAAAGGCUUUCACCCAGAGGGACCAUCUUGUUGCACACGAGAGAAUCCACACUGGAGAGAAACCUUAUGAAUGUAAGCAAUGUGGAAAGCCUUUUACGGAGAGGGGUUCUCUUGCUGCACAUCAGAGAAUCCACACUGGAGAGAAACCUUAUGAGUGUAAACAAUGUGGAAAGGCUUUCACAGGGAGGGGCUCUCUUGCUGCACAUCAGAUAAUCCACACUGGAGAGAAACCUUUUGAAUGUAAACAGUGUGGAAAGGCAUUCACAGGGAGGAGCAAUCUUGUUGCACAUCAGAGAGUCCACACUAGAGAGAAACCUUAUGAAUGUAAACAAUGUGGAAAGACUUUUACGGUAAGGGGUUCUCUUUCUGUACAUCAGAUAAUCCACACUGGAGAAAAACGUUAUGAAUGCAAACAGUGUGGAAAGGCUUUUACACAGAUGGGCUCUCUAACUGCACAUCAGAUAAUCCACACUGGAGAGAAACCGUAUGUAUGUAAACACUGUGGGAAGGCUUUUACACAGAAGUGCAACCUUGCUGCACAUCAGAGAAUCCACACUGGAGAGAGACCUUAUGAAUGUAAAGAAUGUAGAAAGACUUUUAGAUGCAGCUCCAAUCUUAGGAAACAUCAGAGAAUCCACACUGGAGAGAAACCUUAUGAAUGUAAACAAUGUGGAAAGCCUUUCAGAUGGAGGGACAGUCUUGCUGCCCACCAGAGAAUACACACUGGAGAGAAAUCUUAUCAAUGUGAUGUGGCUGUGGACUUCACCUGGAAGGAGCAGUGCCUGUUGGACCCUUCUCAGACAGAGCUGUACAAGGAGGUCAUGCUGGAGAAUGUGCAGAAUCUGCUUUCUAUGGGCAUUGCAGGGAACCCUGUCCCUGCCAAGGCAGCCCUUGCCCUUCGAAAUAUAUUAGGAAUGGCCCCCGGGACCCCGAGGCCCCCCUCCCAGGGGUUAAUAACGUUCAAGGAUGUAGCUGUGGACUUCACCCAGGAGGAGUGGUGCCUGUUAGGCUAUUCUCAGAAAGAGCUGUACCUGGAGGUCAUGCUGGAGAAUGUGCAGAAUCUACUCUCUCUGGGGCUUCCAGUUCCUAGAGAAAAUUUUAUCUUCUGUUUUCUGCAAAGGGAAUCACCAUGGCUGCUAGACCAAAAGAGCCCAAGGAGCUCCUGCCCAGAUGCAGAGACUAAUUUUGAAGUAAAGGAAAUGGCUACAAAGCUCAGUGUUUUGGUCGAGGGAUCUGGCCCACAAAGAUGCAUGAAUGAGGGUCGCUCUGACUUUAUUUUGAGAGAAAUCUGUGACUCUACUAUCAAAGGAAAUAAAAAUCUAAGUAAUAACAGUGAAUUUGAUGAAACUGCAGAGAAAUUCAUCCAAUAUUCAAUCCUAAAUCAGUAUAUGAAAUUGAGCUCAGGAAACAACUGCUGUCAGGAUUGUGAAUACAGCAAAAGCUUUCCUGCAGAACUAGAACUUAUGCAGUCAACUCAGAAACCUCCUGAAAUGCCCUUGUAUCAAGAUAACUUAGGGGGACUGGCCUUUGGCUGGAGUUUAGACCUUAUUAGACAUCCAAAUAGUAAACGUGUAGAGAUGGUUUCUGUGAGUAAUAAAGAUGGGAGAAUUUUGAGUCAGAACUUUGAGCUUGCAGCACAUCAAAUAAUCCACUGUGGAGAAACACCUUAUGAAUGCAAACAGUGCGGCGAGGCUUUCACGGAGAGGGGCUCUCUUGCCAAACAUCAGAGAAUCCACACUGGAGAGAAACUUUAUGAAUGUAAAGAAUGUGGAAAGUCUUUCACACAGAGGGGCAAGCUUACUAAACAUCAGAGAAUACACACUGGAGAGAAACCUUAUAAAUGUAAGGAAUGUGGAAAGGCUUUCACUCGGGGGAGCCGUCUUGCUGCACAUCAGAGAAUCCACACUGGAGAGAGACCUUAUGAGUGUAAACACUGUGGAAAGGCUUUUACACAGAGGUGCACUCUUGCCAGACAUCAGAGAAUCCAUACUGGAGAGAGACCUUAUGAAUGUAAACAUUGUGGGAAGACUUUCAUACAGAAGUGUAAUCUUGCUAUACAUCAGAGAAUCCAUACUGGAGAGAGACCUUAUGAAUGUAAACAGUGUGGAAAGAUUUUCAGAUGCAGCUCCAAUCUUAGGAAACAUCAGAGAAUCCACACAGGAGAGAAACCUUAUGUAUGUAAACAAUGUGGAAAGGGUUUCACACAGAGGUUCAAUCUUGCUGCACACCAGAGAAUCCACAAUGGAGAGAAUCCUUAGAAAUGUAAUUAGUGUGGAAAGGCUUUCACACAGAAGGACCAUCUUAUUGCACAUCAUUGAAUCAACACUGGAGAGAAACCUUAUCUGUGUAAAUAAUGUGGAAAGGUUUUCACACAGAGCUCUUAUUUUACUGCACAUCAGAGAGUCCACACUGGAGAGUAACCUUAUGAAUGUAAACACUGUGGGAAGACUUUCAUACAGAACUGCAAUCUUGCUGUACAUCAGAGAAUCCAUGGAGUGGCCAUCUUGCUAAGUGUCAGAGUGUCUACAAUAGAGAAAAACUUUAUGAAUAUAAUCAAUUUGGAUAGGCUUUCACAUAAAGCUUCACAGAAGCUUCAUGUCAGAAAAUCUUCACUGGAGAAAAACCUCAUGAAUGAGGCUGAGCUUAUACUUGCCACUUUUGGAUUAUUUAACAUAAUGAUCCACUAGAGAAAACUUUAGGAAUAUGAUGAAUGUGAUUAGACCUUCAACCAACAAUUCUCUCUUAUUCCCAACUCAAGAAUUCCUUUUAGAUAGAAAUCUUAUUGCUGUCAUGAAUGAAGAAAGACAUUAAAAUGGAGAGUCCAGAGCUUUUUUCAGUAUGGGAAAAUGUCUUUUGAAGAGACUCGUUCCAGAUUGACUCCCUGUAUGAAGGAUUUCAGCCAGAGACAAUUUCUUACUUUAUAUCAGAGAAUUCAUAGUGCAGAAUAACCUUAUGAAUGUGCUUAAAUUAUAUGUGUUUUCCUCAAGAGGAGGUUGACAACUAUUAUGCAGAUUAUAAAAAGUCUGAAGGACCACCUCCACGUCUAUUAGAUUGGGUAUUGUGACAGAAAAGGAAAGUGACAAAAGUUGGAGAUGUGGGAAAGCUGAGAUACUAAUAAACUCCAGUGGAAUUGUGAACUGAUUCAUCCAUUCUGGAGAGAGCCAUUUGGAACUGUGUCCAAAGUCCAUUAAAAAAUCAAAUAGGGAAAGGACCUAUAUGUAUUAAAAAAAAAACUCAACUGCAAAACUGCUCUUUUGGGGGUAAUGAAAGAAUUGAAAAGCAAGAGGAAACUCAUCAAUUGGUAAAUGGCUGACUAAAUGGUGGCAUAUGAUUGUAAUGGAAUACUAUUGUUUUAUAAAUUAAUGAGGAGAAAUGGAAGCUCAGAAUAACCUGGAAAGACCUGAGAACUGAUACAGACUGAAUUUAGGAAAACCAGAAGAAAACUGCACAUUGUGAGAGCAAUAUUUAUGUAGAACUGUGAAUUGAACUUUUCUCAACAAUACAGUGAUCCAAAACAAUCCCAAAGGACUCAAAAAGUUUCAUCUGGUUCCAGAGAAAGAAGUGAUGGCGUCUGAAUCAAGACCAAAGAAAAACUUUUUACUUUUAAAGUUUUUGUUUUGGUUUUUUGUUUGAGUUUAGUUCCACAGAAGGAUCAAUAUGGAAAAAUGUUUUAUAAGCUUGCACAUGCAAAAUCUCUAUAAUAUUGUUUAACAUCUCUUUGGUGUUGGGGAGAAAAAUCCAACACUCAAAAUGUUUUUUAAAUGUUUGAUAUUGUUAUUACUCAUAAUUGUCAAAAAAUAAAAUAUGAAAUGAUGGAGGAGAAGAGUUGUAUGAUAAGUAGUGAACAGCAUUCUUUCUGGAAUGAAAGGGUAUACAGGAUAUGAUUACAGGAAGGACAUCACCUUGAGCUCAUACUUGACUAUUCACUGAACACGUAAUGUUGGAGAUAAGGUUCAAUGUCUCCAAUUUGCUAGGAAAGACAUUUUGCUGUAGCACAGGCUUCAUAGAUUGUCACAGAGGAGCCCUCAUUAAAAACUCCAAAUUUCAUAAUGUGUAAAAAACACUACAAUGUUAAGGACUUUUUCUCUAAAGUCCUAAGGCUUGUCAUUCUUCCUCACUAUUUGUUGGCAUUCAUCUAUUACUAUUUUUUUAGCCAUUCCCUACAGUAAAAGUAAAAAUUAAGGUUGUUGACUCAAUAUAUUAUACUAGUGGUUUCCAGGGAUUAAAAUUCAAUUCCAAUAAAAUACUAAAGUCAGCUUGGGAUUUUUAUGGUGGUUUAAUUACAAUAGAGGGAAGCAAUUAAGAGGAAGAGAGAGAAAAGGGAAUUGGACUGCACUGGCAAGCCAGAUAAGAGUUGGAGAUCAAGGAAAGGAGUAAAAGAGGAAUAGUCACCUCACCACCAAGCCACAAAUGCCAAAACCUGUCAAGCAUGCCACCAUGAGUUCCCAAUGCAGAAAAAAAAAACCCCAACAUCUCUAAGAGAGUGCGAAAGCCUGGAGAAAGGAAGUGACAUGAAAUAUAUAGACAGUUCUUUACAUCACUUCCUGCCUCUCACAUGUACCAAUAGUAGCUUAAGCUUGAUUUAGGAUAGCCCAAGGGGUCUGUCAGUUUCUUAUUUGUCACUUGCUAGCACAUGUCAGUAAUAGGCCAUCCUUCUCAACACUUAAUCCUUAAGUAGGGGUGUAUACAUUCCGGGUUGCUAUUAUUGUAAGACUAAGCAAAAUGGAGAAAAUCUAAAAUUCACUCUACUUGCCACUCAACUUGUUUCAUGUUUUUUUGUUGGUACAUAUAGAUCUUACAAUAUAAGAGUGCAUGGGGAAGACGUGGGAGGAAUAGAGUACCUGAUCCCUACUCUUCAGUCUGUUCUAUCCAAGGACUUGGGCUCAUGAUGCAGUUGGUUCAUUUCUGUGUCUGAGUAGAAGUCCAACACUUCAAAUGGAAUAAUAUGGGAGGAUUUGACUUUGUCUUUCUAAAUAUCAACUAAUGAGGACUCAGGGGCCAUCCUAAGGUUGAGCUGUCACACCAAAAAAACCAGGACACAACUCCCUUCACAAGUAAGAGGCAAGGCACUGGGAAUGAUGAAGGAGACACAUUGAGAAACAAUAUUAUCUUUGGAGAAAUAGCUUCACAUUCUUAUUGGUUGAAAUUUGAAUGCUAUACAAUAAAACAUUUCUAUAAGAUGAACAAAGUCCAAAUUAUUCCUCCCUCUCAUAAUUCCUUCCCUCCCCUCUAAUCAGAGAAGAGCAUAAGAAUUUCACUUGCUCUUAUAGCUCACAAGGAAACAAGGAGAUUUAAGCAGAUCUUUUCAAUUUUCUCCUUUCAAAUGUAGCCAAUUAAAUGUUUUAUUGUUUUUAACAUCAAUAUCAUACAAUAUUACAUGAUGUAAUAUUACACAUUAUGUUAUUUAACAGAUUGUGUUGUAUACAUCUAUGUUAUAGAUUAUAAUAUAAUUAAUAUCAUAAUUUUAUGACUCACCAAUUUUUAUUUUUUCCAUAAAGGAUAGUCAAAUAACUUCAGAAUCAAGCAUGAUGCUUCAGAAUUAGAUUUAUAACUUGUAGUCGAGGCAGGACCUCCUCUUUCCUUUGUCUUUGCUUCAGACAAAGAUGUGGAUUAACCUUUACCCAUCCCGGGACCAAGGUUGGAACAGUAAACAUGAAGGAAGCAGGAUAACAUUUAUGAAAAGCAAAUUGUGAUAAGGUGGGCGCCUCUCCCCCUUGUUUGGAUUUGCAUUAGACGAAGAUGUGGAUUAACCUUUGAACACCUGCCUAUCCCUGGACCAAGGUUAGGGUUUCUGAAAUGUAAAGUCAUAAAUUCCGGUGGGUUUUGUCUAAGUAGUCUUUGCCUAUAAAAGUUCUAUGUGAAGCAAAUAAAUUUGGCACUAUUUUUCUCUUUCA